UGGGUUUUUGAAGAGAAUAGAAGCUUUGGUUUCUUAGUUUCUUCAUCAGUUCUUAUGGGGAGUUUUCCAAGUGAUGGAUUAGCUGUUUUAAAACAAGGACUUUUAGCUGGAAGAGUUCCUGGUUUAUUCGAUCAUGACGAACAAGGUUGGAGGACUUAUAGAAGGCCAGAUGCGAAAUCAGGAGGGCAUGGUAUAGGGUGGAGUCCAAUCAUUCCAUACACAUUUUCGGUUCCUCAAGGUUGGGAAGAGGUUCCAGUAUCAAUUGCAGAUCUUGGGGGGACAGAAAUCGAUUUGAGAUUUGCAAGUUCUCAGGCCGGGCGCUUAUUUGUCAUUGUUGCACCAGUUCUUAGUUUUUUGAAUAACAUUGUAAAUGGAUUUGACAGUGUUGGUAUUAUUUACGUGGUCUAUCAAUCAUUUUUUAGGUACCCUAUUUAUUUAUGCGAUCCAGCAGUCAAGAUACCAGAUUUAUUUAGUUGGUCUACCAGUAAAGGUACCCCGAGUUAUUUACGUAGUCCAUCAGCAAGGCUACCUCAGUUAUUUCUGCGGUCCAUCAAUAAGGGUCUCAAUGCACCGAUAAAGCUAACCAGGAUACUUAACCUAACUCAACUAGGGAAGGUAGGUUAG